AUGGCGGUAGCUGUGGAGGCCUCGCUUUUGGAUUGUGAAAUGUCCAUGAAAACAGUCCGCCUCGAGAAGGAAUAUGAACGGGCUCUUGCAGACUCGGCACAUCUUCUCAACGUUGAAAAAGACCGCGUCAGGCGGAUGGAUCACUUGCUUCUUCAAUUUGAGAGCGAAAAUCUGCGGUCGCAGUUAGAUCAAGCCAAUGCGCAGUUACGUGGACUUUCACACGCCGAGUCGAACACACUUCUCCAAUUAGAUGAAGCCUGUCAGGAAAUUGAUCGCCUAGAUCGCUAUGUACAGGCUUCGUCAAGUGAAAUCAAGAAAUUGAAGGACGAACUUUCAGCGAUGAACAAUACUUCCACAAGCUAUAAUACCCUUCUUUCCGAAAAGUUGCAUCUCAGCCGAGACCUGUCAAAUUUGAAAUCAGAGCUGGACCGAUUAAGGGCCCAGAAUUCUUCUCACCAGGCAUUCGUAGCCGGGCAACAGGAAAUGGAGCGGCAGCUGAAUUCAUUAGAGGUUCAGCUUGAGAAUGAAAAAAAUUCCCACGAGCGCACUCGAGCCAAGAACUUGCAGCAAAGGGCGGAGAUAAGUACGCUUGUAGCGAAGGUCGAGGAACUACAGGGCGAACUCACGAGAGAGAUGCGAGUGAAGCAACAAUAUGAACGAGACAACCGUCAACAAACAAUGGAAUGGGAAAACCAGCGUGGUUUACUCGAGAGCAAGAUUGAGACUUUAAGAAAGCAGCUUCGGUCGACAAAGGACAAACUGCAGGAGACUCAGCACGAUUUGCAGCAGAAACGCAUCUCUACCCGGAACCACGACAGUGAGAGCACUGACCCACGAUCUCGAAUGAUCCCUCUGCAACGUCCUGGUCCCAGUGCUGAUUACCAAAAUGGCGUCACCAUCGCCACGCCUGGAGCUGUUCGCGUGCAAGAAAAAGUUAAUCGACAGUCGGCAUUGCCUGGCGACAAAUCGGCAUUUUCGAUCACUCCGUUCUUGAACCGAAAUGGUGGUCAUCAUGUUUCUCCGUCCAGCUCAGACCUAGACAACGAAUUCAGUCAGACAAUGACAGAUAUCCAGUCACCCCUCAGAGCCCGCACCACUCAUGAGCCAAGUGGCCUAGACUUAUCCCCCAUGGAACAGCCAGAUUUAAUACGACGCAUUGAAAAUGGGGGGAAAGCAAAACUGAAAGCUCGACAGGGGAAGGUCACGAGCCAGCCAAAAUUAUCCCUCAAUCGGCCCGAUGAAAAAGUGCCACUUAAGGAGGUGGAUGAACCAGAUCUCUCAACGGAUCAAGGACAGACAAAGACCAAAAAACGAAAGCUUGGGACUCAGCGGGACCGAAAUUUCUUCGGAGAUGAUGAAGAGGAGAUUCUCGAACGCAGAAAGCCAGGGCGCAAGGUGGGACUGGGAGCAGGUCGGACUUCAGUGCUUGCAACUACACAGAUUUCUAGUGCACCAAUUGAUGAGAAAUACCGGAUCUUCAAACGUGGCCAAACGGUUGUGGAUUUGGGAUAUGCACCCGGGUCAUGGUCACAGGUGGUCCCCCCUACCCCCUCCAAAGAAGGUCUACCACUUCAGGGCCUCGCUGACGGUGCUCUAGGUAGCUGCGGGAGUUUGUUGGAGCCUGAGGUGCCCAUGCGGAUGAAUGAUGCAGAUACCCCUGCAAUUCAAGAUAACAAGAUCCUUCAGAGAACGGUGGAUGUGGUCCUCAGCGAUAUGAUGAUGAAUACCAGCGGAAAUAACUUUAGAGACCAUGCUGGCAGUAUGGACCUUUGCCAUGCUGCUUUGAAGUUCAGCGCCGAUGUUCUUAAGACUGGGGGGCAUUUCGUUUGCAAAUUUUAUCCCGGGACAGAGGAUAAAGAACUGGAAAAACAGCUGAAGGACUUGUUUCAAAAGGUCCACCGGCUGAAGCCUGAAUCGUCCCGCAGUGAAUCUAAAGAAACAUUCUUCGUUGGCCUGGAUCGCAGAUCAUGA